GUCGUUGUCAUACUGAGUAUAUAAUACAAAUAUGUCCCCAAUAUCUUUAGUUUUUAUUUUUUUUUUUAGGUCUCUUUGUGCUUCUCUUUUUAGUCUUCUUUUGAUCUUCUUUUUCUUUCUAGGUCUUUUCUUUACUUCGGUCUUCACUUUUUUUCUGACUGCAUUCUCCGUCAUUUCUUCUCCUCUCUUUUCUUUAAGUCUUCUCUUUAUUAGGUCCUCUUUCAGUUCCUUUUUAGCAACCCUCCAAUUAUUUCAAUUAUUUGAACAUUUGAACUUAUGAUAAUAAUUAUAAUAUUAAUUAGUAAUGGUUGAUUAUUGAAAAAUUUAUUGUUAUUAGGUCUUCUUUUUGGUUCCC